AUGUUAUUUAUUUAUUCUGAUGCGCUUUGCGCUCAAAUCAUAUCUCUUUAUUGCGAAUUUUACGUAAAUUUGGCAUUUGUGAUAUUUAUCGUAUUACUCGAUGUUAUGACAUUUUAUAAACUAAAAAUGAUGGCUAAGCCAACGCAAGGGACCGAAAAGAGGCGGCGAUCACAAGAGAUUCGAUGUUUCAUUCAGUCUGUUUGCUCGGAAACAGUGCUUAUACUAACAUUCGUAUGCUUUUGGUGUAUUUCGCCUUAUGGGAGAACAACGUUUGCAAUGUUCGUGCUAAAUGCUGGUGCUUGGUUAACUAUGCAUGCUACUGAUGGAUUUAUUAUGAUUGCAUUUAACCAUCAUAUCUUUGCACACAUUAAGAAAACAGCUAAAAAAACCUCAAUGCCAAUGGUAACACUUGCGCUGUCAAUAGCAACACCAAAUGGAAGACGACAAAGUCGAGACCUAAAUCCUAAACAGCGCUGGUUGAAUUUAUAUCACGAGAGUAAACUAAAAAUGAAUAAAAUUGAUCUUUCAAAGAGAACUACAUAG